AUGAAGGAAACUUUCCGCGAAGCAGCUAGCCCUACACUCACAUCGUAUAUUGGGUCGUUUCUCGUAACUGGUAGUGCUCACUUCGAAAGAGCCGACAUCGUUCGGCAAAAGUUGGAGGCUGCUCGGGGGUACACCCAGAGUAAGCCCAUCUUGUUGGUCAUUUCCCUUCACGGAAUCAAAGUCUGUGAUGACAGUGGGACGGCGAUCAUUCUGUUCGUUCUAAGCAUCUUCCUUGCCUUCUUUAUCCUCUUGCCUCAGCAGAGCGUGCACAUGGCCCAUGCCCUACGCCGCAUCUCCUACGCCACCUGCGAUCCUGACUGCUGUCAGUUCGCCUUCCUCGCUAGGGAGCCUAAAGCUCAGCCCCAAUGUACAGCGGAGAAUUUGAAUAACCUUGUGGGUGAGGCGUUUCGCAUCGCGUACGCCCAACAGCGCGCUCUGCUGGAGAGUCGGCGUGCUGUGGCUCAGACACAGACAUCGAAUCUCCCUACAGAGACUACCACGAUCGCUGCCACCUCUCCGCAUCAUCAUCUCCAACACCCCCCUCCGCCUCUGCCGCCACCUCCCGUGGCGAGCAACCCCGUGCUGGAGGCGGACUCGGGAAUCGCCACCACAGAUGCCGCCUCCUUUCGACAGAAAAUCGACAUGGUUGGAUAUCUCGCCGCCGACUCGGGUUUGAGCUCUUCGGAAUCAGCACCCCGAGGUGUCAAACCGCGCUCCCUCCAAGACACCUCAGAUAACGAUGAUGAAGCUGACGAUGCAGACGAGGAGAGAAAUGUGAAUUGUGGUCAGGGUGUUGGUAGACUGCCCCUUCGUCCCGGUCUUACCUCAUCCAACCAGUCGCAUUGCUGUCAUCCCCUUAAAGAUACUGUCACUCCUACGCCCGACAAACGUGGUAAAUCACACAAGAGCGAACCUCGUGACUCUCCGACACUCGCCUCAGUCGCUGUAGUCGACGUGGUAGACGCCUCCAUCUACCCCGAUGACCUUGAGGCCAUGGGGAUAGGGGAAGAGGAAGAGGGGGAUGCGGGGUUUGUGCAGCAGCCUCCUAGCGCUCCUCACCCCACCCCUCUCCCAGUGUUGGCAUCACCACAUCCUCGCACCACUGAAGAUAUUGAUGAAGUUGAAUUGGCCAACUCGUUGGCUGCUAUUCCUGGACCUGUUAGACGCCGCAGACCUACACCCUUCAGCCCCUCAGCCUCCUCGGUGAACGCCUACGACCAGGCCUCUGAGAGUCUGCACAGUCCUCCCUGUCCGGAUCCACGGAGACGCCGGACAGCUACUGACGCUGCAUCCGCCUCAGGCAGUUGCAGCAGCGGUGGUGGUGGCGGUGUGGACAGCCUCAAGACCUCCGCCGCGCACCACGUCGGCCAGCCCGUCUCCGCCCCGUGGUACCAGCCCCACAUACCUCGCGAGUUGGCCUUAGAUAUGCUCUCCCGACAACCAGUAAGUUCAAGUUAUCUUGUAUUUGAGUGGAAUUGCUAA